CAGUGAUGGAAAAACCCACCCAUGGUACCGUGCACCUGAGUGACUGGCAGAAAAGUUACUUUGCUAUUACCUCUGGCACCUGCACACCCGGACAGAAGGCAGAUGGAUAUCGUGCCAAAAUUCUACAGAUUCAGUAUGCAUGGGCAAACUCUGAGAUCUCUCAGGUCUGUGCUGCCAACCUGUUUAAGAAAUAUGCAGAGAAAUACUCUGCAAUUAUUGACUCUGACAACAUAGAGACUGGCUUGAAUAACUAUGCUGAAAACAUUUUGACUUUGGCAAAGUGUCAGCAAAAUGACAGUGACAAGUGGCAAUCUGCCUUGACAACAGAUAAUGUAUUUGAAUUAAAAUGUGUGCAAGAGAGGAUGCAGGCUGGCAAAAAUUUCCAAAGCUCUCAGAUGGCACCAGCAGAUGCCUUUGUACCAGCUGAUAAAGGGGUCAGUGCCUCUGCCGCUCCAGGUCUCCCAAAACUCCCUGUCUUCAGCAAUGCUGGAGAGACUGACCUCUGGGCUGGCUCAUCAAAACGUGCAAGCCAGGGAGCAGAUCUCCUUGAGCAUCCCUCAUCUUCAAAGUCUCUUCAAAGCACUCUGCCUCCUGCGACCAAAACUUCAGAUACAUUUCCUGCCUCUUCUGCUUCCUUCAAUGAACUGAUUCAAACAGGUGUCCAGGCAACUCCAUUAUUUGGAAGUAAAGAAGCAGCAAGUAGCAGUUCUCUGAAAGCAUCAGGUCACUCUGGUGAUGGGCAAAAUUUGUCUCUUUCCAAUCAGUCCGCUGUGCAUGGCUGGUCUGCAAAUUCUGGAAAAAGAAAAGCGUUUUAUAGUGUGGCAGAUGAAAGCAACCCUGUGACUCCCAACCUUACUUCAUGCCAGGCUUCCGUUAGUACAGAAUCCAGUAGUUCCCCAGGGAACAGAAACAGAAAUGAAGAGGGCAGUGUUACUGGUUUUAGAACUGCGAAAGAACAGCUGUGGGUGGAUCAGCAAAAGAAACCUCAAAACCUACCCCAGCGCACACCAAUCUCGUCAUAUGGAGGUGUAAAAAAAUCACUGGGUGCAGGCAGAUCUCGGGGUCCAUUUGGCAAGUUUGUUCCUCCAGUUCCAAAACAGGAUGGAAAUGAAAAUGGAGGAGCACAGUGUAAACCUCCUACAAGAGGACCAGCAGAACCAUCGCUUCCUGUAGACGAACGACUGAAAAACAUAGAACCAAAAAUGGUUGAACUCAUUAUGCAUGAGAUCAUGGACCACGGGCCUCCUGUGAACUGGGAUGACAUUGCCGGAGUUGAAUUUGCUAAAGCUACGAUAAAAGAAAUAGUAGUCUGGCCUAUGCUGAGGCCAGACAUCUUUACUGGGUUACGUGGUCCUCCCAAAGGAAUUCUUCUCUUUGGCCCCCCUGGGACUGGCAAGACUCUAAUCGGCAAGUGCAUUGCUUGCCAGUCGGGAGCUACGUUUUUUAGCAUCAGCGCUUCUUCUCUGACCUCCAAAUGGGUAGGUGAGGGGGAGAAGAUGGUCCGUGCAUUGUUUGCUGUGGCGCGAUGCCAACAGCCAGCAGUUAUUUUCAUUGAUGAAAUUGAUUCUCUGUUGUCUCAGCGUGGAGAUGGGGAGCACGAGUCUUCGAGAAGAAUAAAAACUGAAUUUCUGGUCCAGUUAGAUGGGGCAACAACCUCCUCAGAAGAUCGUAUUCUAGUGGUUGGAGCAACAAAUCGGCCCCAAGAAAUUGAUGAAGCUGCCCGAAGGAGACUGGUAAAGAGGCUGUACAUUCCUCUUCCAGAAGCUUCAGCUAGGAAGCAGAUUGUUGCUCGGCUAAUGUCAAAGGAGCACUGCUGCCUAAAUGAGGAGGAAAUUGAACUCAUAGUUAGGAAGUCUAACGGAUUUUCUGGGGCAGACAUGACGCAGCUCUGUCGAGAAGCUUCUCUGGGCCCCAUCCGCAGCCUGCAGUCCAUGGAUAUUACAACCAUCAUGCCAGAUGAAGUACGGCCUAUUGCUUUUCUUGACUUUGAGAGUGCCUUCAAAACUGUGCGGCCCAGCGUUUCCUCAAAGGAUCUAGAGUUGUAUGAAACCUGGAACCAGACAUUUGGCUGUGGUAGAUAAUUGCAAUUGAUAAGUGCAGUUGUAAGGGUUUAGCAGAAACUUUUCUUUCAGACUGUUACAUAUUAAAACCAUUAUAAUUUAGGGAGUCUGCACUUAUUUUUGUUUCUAUCUACCUUUGUAAUAAAUCUUGCUGUGUUAUGCAGGCAGAUGACUGGGCCCUGGCCUGAAGUUUAGCUGACUGAACAGCCCAUGAAAAAUUGCUGAACAUAACAAAUAACAGUGUGAGAAGCUGACAGAAAUUGCAGAUAGCCCCUGGGAGGAAUGGCUGGAUUUUGCCAGUGCAUGCAUGUAUGUGUGUGUGUGUGCUCGUGAGUUGGCAGAAGAUGUGGACACCUGCAGUUGGAGAAGGGGCCAUGGGUCAUAGGGGCUGGCGUGGGGGCAGCAGCUGGAAGGAUGAGGAAGCGGAGGUCAGCUAUGGUCUAGCGGAUGUGUCUGGGGCCAGGUGCCUUAGGGACCCCUAUAUGCAUGUGUAAUUCACUAGCACACUUCAAGCUAGACUAGUUGGUGAGCUGGAGGAAACCAGUGUCUGGAAGGAGCCACAGCAUGAGCCAGUGCUGCGUAAGGAGGCCCCGGGGCUUGACCUGGAUGUGAGAUGAACUUAAAGCCCAUGCUAACAUCUGAGGGAUCCAUGAAUGUGGUGUGUUUGUGAAGCCUGAGAGUGCGAGGGGUGCGUUUUGCUGGGGAGCUUCAGUCCUGUUCAGCUGGAGAGGAGGGACAGGAUGGGGCCGGCUGCAAUGUUCCUUUUUUGUGUGUAUUUGUGCUUAUGUGGGUGCUGGUGAAGGCACUACUCUGUCCAUGUUUGUGUUAGUCUGUCCAUCCAUCUGCGAAGGGAUCAACCUCAGUCUGAGAGUGCA